AACAGAAAUACGGCAUCUUUUCUGCCCGUUAUGCUUCAUGACAUUUUUGACAGCAACCAUAAGUUUUUCUGUGGCCAUUUAACAAUAGCUGCCAUUGCGGUAAAAAUCAUAAUUUUUUCCAAAAUCCCCGGCUUUUCAUCAACAAUCUCGCUCUUUUACCACUUAAAUGGCUCGCUCUAAAAAUCGUUCAGAGUCGGCUGAUUCUGAUAAAGCCGAGAAAAAGCAGCGCGGCCGUGAGAAAGAACGCAAGAAGCGUACAUCAAGUAGCAGCGAUAGUAGUUCAUCUGAUAGCAGUUCAUCGCGAAGCAGUUCGGGUUCUCGGUCCAGCUCAUCUAGCAGUAGUUCAUCCUCAUCUAGCUCAUCAUCGUCAUCUAGCAGUGGAGCAGAACGCUCUCGCCCAAAGCGUAAAACCGCAACUAAAUCUCGUUCGCGGAGUGCAAGUCCCCCGAAAGAACCUCCAAAGGAGGUUAAGCCAAUUCGUCCAAAGUCCAAGGAACGCACGGAUCGUAGAACUCCGGAACGAGACAAUGAUAAAGAAAAUAAGCAGACGAAGGUAAUUUCACCAGAUCGGAGUGCCAAGGACGGUGCACGCAGUCGUCGUUCUCGAUCUGGAUCGUCUAAGCGUCGAAGAAAGGAACGCUCAGUUACACCACGUCCCACUAGAAUACACGUAGGUCGAUUAACAAGGAACGUUGUAAAAGAUCACAUUCUGGAAAUAUUUAGCGUUUAUGGUGAGAUUCGAAAUGUUGAUUUUGCAAUCGACCGUUUCCAACCGUUUGGGCGUGGUUUCUGUUAUAUCGAUUAUGUUAACCCGGAUGGGGCAGAGAAUGCCAUUAAGCAUAUGGCCGGUGGGCAGGUCGAUGGGCAGGAAAUCACCGUCGUGCCUGUUCUAGUUCAGAAAACUCGACCACCGAUACGUCGCCUAUCGCCGAUAAUGAGGAACAAUCGACCACCACCACGUUGGCGUCCGUCUCCUAUGCGCUACAGACGUCGUGAGCCGAUCAGACGCAACAGCCCGCGACGUCGACGCUCUCGCAGUCCCAUUAGAAGGCGACGCCACAGCAACAGCUCGGACAGUUCCCGUUAAGCAAAAAAUUUACGCACUGCACCUCCCGAUUCAUGUGUGUGUUUUUAUUUGACCCUAUUUGAAGUAUAUUAAUCAACGUUAGUCUGAUAAGAACAGUAUAAUAUAAACACUUCUAACAUUAAAAAACAAAAUUUUGUCUAGAACAUGAUUGUAACAGCUAUUAAGGAUCAAACCUGAGGACUGGUUUAAUUGACAGAAGCAUUGAUACAAUAAAGAACAAAAAAGUA